UGGAUGUUCUGAAGUAUAGCACAAGUAUGUAAGAUUAAAGAUACAGUGAGAUACCCCUCUCUUCCUUUUUAUCUCUUGCCAUUUCCCGUGAUAAAAUAUUACAUCGUGUGUGGGAGGGAGGAAUUGCAAACAGGAAACUCAAGUGACUUGCCUUUCCUACUUAUGCUUCUUUGGGGGGUUGUAAAGUGGAAUCAUAUCUCUUCCUGUUCACUCUCUGCAGCGAGAAACAUAAGCUCUCAGCAUGGGAUGAGUUUUCAUGAAGACCUGUUCCCUCUUUAUGUGUGUUAAGGACAACAACAAAAGUAUUGUGAGGAUUAAUUGAGUCGUGAUUGUAUAUUAAACAUGGGAACUGUGUGCAGAAGAUAACACAUUUGAUUUUUAAAAAUGAGCUAUUCACCAGGCAUUUCAAGAAUAAUGGCUUUAUCUCCUCUGUGAGGAAAAUCCAAAUAUAUCCUCCAUUCUCAUAAGUUUCUGCACAAAACCAGGCUUCUCUUGGUUUCCUAUGUGUUGAAAGGCAAAGCAGAACACAAGGGAUUUAUUCUGCCGUGAUUUGCCAGGGAUGUCGUAACCUUUAAUCCAAUCUUCAGGCAGAAGCACCCCAUUUUCUCUUUGUUUUGACUUUUCUUGAUGAUGACUUGGUUUCAGUCCAUUGCUCCUGGGGCACAGCUGAAGUGCCAUUUCAAAAGAUUUAGCCUUUCUCUUUGGCUGGUGUUUUUUUUCCCCUUCAGGGACUGGAUAAACCUGUCAUUGUUUCAAGUUUCUUAAUUCAAGGGAUCCCACUGAGGUGGUGCUCCUGGGUACUUAGAUGUGGGAAACUGAAGACGAUCCCAAUAGCUUUCUUUCUUUUGAAAUGUGAGAAAUGCAAAUUUAAAAAAAAGGAGCUUGAAAGAAGGGGGAGGAGGGAAGGAAGAUGAGGAUGAGAGAGAGCACCAAACACGCCCAAAUGACCCAUCUCCACUUAGCAUGAAACUUAACAAGUUACACCCACAUUCUGAGCCAGAAACGGAAUGAAAGACUCACGCUUCCUCAUUUUUGUUUUUCAAUCUGAGUGCUCUGUGAAAGGAGGCAAGAGAAUAUGUCUCAGCUCUUGCUUGAAGGUUUUUGGCACAUGUUCACAGGCUCCGACAAGACAGUAAUGGAGUCUUUGAGUGGCAGGUGGUGACAGAUUCUGCGGUUCCAGUAACUGUUCAUUUUGAAAGCAUUUGUCAUUCUAUACAUCUAAAUUCCACACUUCUCUCAGCAGAAGUCGUGUUGGAUACUGCCUUAUAAGAUAUUACAACCAUGGGAAAUGCAGAGAGCCAAAAUGUAGACCAUCAGUUUUAUGGAGAAAAACAUGCUAGCUUGGGUCGAAAGCACACAUCACGUUCUCUUCGUCUUUCAAACAAAGCAUCUCGCCGGACCAGACACGCUUCCUCAGGAAAAAUUAUUCACAGGAACUCAGAAGUAAGCACACGAUCUAGCAGUACUCCUAGCAUCCCCCAGUCCUUGGCAGAAAAUGGCUUGGAGCCUUUUACACAAGAGGCCAACUUGGAGGAUUUUGGAAGUCCAAUCUGGGUAGACAGGAUGGAUAUGGGCUUGAGGCCUGUUUCUUACCACACCGAUUCCUCUGUCACCCCCAGUGUGGACAGCAGCACAGUUCUCAUGGCAGCCUCAAUGCAGAGUAUGCCAAAUUCAGAAAGAGGGAGACUUUAUGGAGACGAGUCGACGUACUUGGCCGAAGGGGAUAGUAGGCAACAUUCAUAUUCAACAAAUGGCACCACUUUCUUGGAGCCACUGAGUUUCAAGAAGAAACGUUCAAAAUCAGCAGAUAUCUGGAGGGAGGACAGUUUAGAAUUUUCGCUCUCUGAUCUGAGUCAAGAACAUUUGACAAGCAACGAAGAAAUCCUCGGCUGUGGUGAAGAAAAGGACUGUGAGGAGAUACGAGGGAGAGAGCCUGGCAACAGUCAUCCACCGUUGGUCACAUGUCAACGUGCCAAUUCGAUGAGUGACUUGUAUUCCCCUCCCAACUCAAGCACUACCAUAAAUGGUGGCCCACGAAACACAUUAGGGGGGUACUGCCGAAAUUUAGUGCCUCAUAUACCAGACACUGAGAAACACAAAAUGUCACCAGCCACAAUGGAGAAUAUACCUUCUUACAGUAAUUACAACACGCUCCCGUGUAGAAAAUCCCAUUGCCUUUCUGAAGGAAUCAAUCAUUCCAAAUUGAGCCAUAGCAAUAGCAUGCAUGGCAGACGUGCAAAAACGACUCAGGAUGUUAAUGCAGGCGAAGGGAGCGAAUUUGCUGACAGUGGGAUUGAGGGAGCAACAACUGACACUGACCUCCUCUCUAGGCGCUCCAAUGCCACCAACUCCAGCUACUCUCCCACCACCAGCCGGGCCUUUGCUGGCAGCGAUAGUGGCAGCUCUUCGACUGGAGAUGGGGCUCGUCAGGGAGUUUAUGAGAACUUUCGGAGGGAGCUGGAGAUGAGCAGCACCAAUGAUAACUUGGAUGAAGCUGGUUCUGCCCUGAGUGAUGAGCAGAGCAGCGGGACUCUGAGUUCCCCAGGACAGUCAGACAUUCUUCUCACUGCAGGCCAAGGAACUGUACGGAAAGCUGGAGCCCUUGCGGUGAAAAACUUCCUCGUCCACAAAAAGAACAAGAAGGUGGAGUUAGCCACACGGAGGAAAUGGAAACAGUACUGGGUCUCCUUAAAAGGGUGUACAUUAUUCUUCUACGAAAGUGAUGGAAGAUCUGGAAUAGACCACAAUAGCAUCCCGAAACAUGCAGUCUGGGUGGAAAACAGCAUAGUGCAAGCAGUGCCAGAACACCCAAAGAAGGACUAUGUUUUCUGCCUCAGCAAUUCCCUUGGUGAUGCCUUUCUAUUUCAGACUUGUAGCCAAACAGAACUGGAGAACUGGAUUACAGCAGUUCACUCAGCUUGUGCAACUGCAGUAGCACGGCAGCACCACAAAGAAGACACUGUCAAGCUUUUGAAAACAGAAAUUAAAAAACUGGAGCAAAAGAUUGACAUGGACGAGAAGAUGAAGAAAAUGGGAGAAAUGCAUUUCCUCAGUUUGUCUUCUGUUAGAGACUCCAAGAAGAAGAAGACCAUUCUUGACCAGAUAUUUGUUUGGGAACAAAACCUGGAACAGUUUCAGAUGGAUCUUUUUAGGUAUCGUUGUUACUUAGCAAGUCUUCAAGGAGGGGAACUCCCAAAUCCAAAAACACUUCUUGCUUUUGCAAGUCGUCCGACGAAAGAUGCAAUGGGCCGUCUUGGAAUCUUUUCAGUGUCAUCUUUUCAUGCACUGGUGGCAGCUCGCACAGGUGAAUCUGGCGUCAGGAGAAGAACACAGGCCAUGUCGAGAUCAGCAAGCAAACGGAGAAGCCGAUUUUCUUCUCUUUGGGGCUUGGAUACGACUUCAAAGAAGAAGCAAGGGAGACCAAGCAUUAAUCAGGUGUUCGGUGAAGGAACUGAUGCUGUAAAGAAAUCUUUAGAAGGAAUAUUUGAUGACACAGUACAAGAAAUCAAGAGAGAGAAAGAAGUGGUGCUCACUACUGUCCAUCCACACAAUCCUGAUGCUGACAUCUGGGUUCAUGAGUAUUUCACUCCGUCCUGGUACUCCCUGCCAAAUAACCAGUCUGCUUUGACUGUAGUGCACCCUGGAGACACAACGAGAGAUAUCCUGGAAAUGAUUUGUAAGGCACAUCAACUGGAUUAUUCAGCACACUAUCUGCGCCUAAGGUUCUUGUCAGAAAACCAAAUGCAAUCCUAUAUACCAAAGUUAGAAGAGGACAUUUCUGAAUUGUUAUAUAAAGAAAUUGAAGUCUGUGAGAAAAUUACACAGAAAAUCAAGAUAGAAAAAUCUGAUGCGUCAUCUGUAAACUAUGGAUUUUCUCUGUCCUCUAUGGAAGAAGAUGGGAUUCGUCGCCUACAUGUCAACAGUGUGAGAGACACGGGUUUAGCUUUCAAAAAAGGCUUGAAAGCAGGUGAUGAAAUUGUUCAAAUUAAUAAAAAGGCUGCCGAAGACCUGAACUCUGCCAUGCUAAAAGAGAUCCUUGUUCAGCCUUCUCUGUGCCUUACAAUACGGACAUAUCCUGAGAGAGAGGCAGGGCAAGUAAUACAGCUACCACCACGACGCGUAGAUGGCUCUCUCGACUUGACUGACAGUCCAUUGAGAUCUCUCUGCAGCAACCAAGGACACUUUCUCUGCAGUGAUCAAGACAGCUGUACUGAGACAACUCCAGAAGACACAGAAAUGCACACCUUGGAGUCCUCCAUCGAGGGUGAUAAAAUCAGCAAGAGUACAGAGCAGGUUGCUGCUUUUUGUCGCAGUCUUCAUGAAAUGAAUCCCCCAGACUCUAUUGUGACGCCUCAGGAAUUCACUGGACCUCAGCAAGCCACUAUGAGACAGCUAACCGACGCCGAUAAGCUACGCAAAGUUAUAUGUGAACUCCUUGAAACAGAGCGCACAUAUGUGAAGGACUUAAAUUGUCUAAUGGAGAGGUAUCUGAAGCCUCUGCAAAAGGAAACCUUCCUCACUCAAGAAGAGCUUGAUGUUCUUUUUGGAAAUUUAACUGAAAUGGUGGCAUUUCAAGUAGAAUUUCUGAAGACCCUGGAAGAUGGAGUGAGGUUGGUUCCAGAUUUGGAAAAGCUUGAAAAGGUUGAUCAAUUUAAAAAAGUGUUGUUUUCCUUGGGUGGAUCCUUCCUGUAUUAUGCUGACCGUUUCAAGUUGUAUAGUGCCUUCUGUGCCAGUCACACAAAGGUUCCAAAAGUCCUUGUGAAAGCUAAGACUGAUACAGCAUUUAAGGCUUUCCUGGAUGCUCAAAAUCCUAGACGGCAACACUCAUCAACAUUAGAGUCGUAUCUUAUCAAACCCAUCCAGAGGAUAUUAAAGUAUCCUCUUCUUUUGAAAGAACUCUUUGCCCUCACUGAUGCGGAGAGUGAAGAACACUAUCACCUGGAUGUGGCCAUAAAAACAAUGAAUAAAGUUGCUAGCCAUAUUAAUGAAAUGCAGAAAAUCCAUGAAGAAUAUGGUGCAGUUUUUGACCAGCUCAUUGCAGAACAAACAGGAGACAAAAAAGAGGUUGCAGAUCUUUCUAUGGGAGACUUGUUGUUGCAUACUGCUGUCAUCUGGCUCAACCCUCCUGCAUCUCUUGGGAAGUGGAAAAAGGAACCUGAAUUGGCAGCAUUUGUGUUCAAAACAGCUGUGGUUCUUGUGUAUAAAGAUGGUUCCAAACAGAAGAAAAAAUUGGGUGGAUCACACAGGACAUCAAUUUAUGAAGACUCAGACCCAUUCCGUUUUCGCCAUAUGAUUCCUCUAGAAGCUUUGCAAGUUCGAGCACUGGCAAGUGCAGAUGCAGAAACCAAUUCUGUUUGUGAGAUAGUUCAUGUGAAAUCUGAAUCUGAAGGCCGACCAGAAAGAUCAUUCCACUUGUGUUGCAGUUCCCCAGAACAUAGGAAGGAUUUUCUGAAGUCUGUGCAUUCAAUAUUACGGGACAAACACAGACGACAACUUCUUAAAACUGAAAGUUUACCAUCAUCACAGCAGUAUGUUCCUUUUGGAGGAAAAAGGCUGAGUGCUUUAAAAGGUGCACGGCCAGCUAUGAACAGAGCAGUGUCUGCCCCAAGCAAGUCACUUGGGAGAAGGCGGAGGAGGCUUGCUCGAAACAGAUUCACUAUUGAUUCAGAUGCUGUGUUUGCCAGCAGCCCUGAGAAAGAGCCACAGCAGGCAUCCAACAGCAAGGACACUGACCGCUGGGUAGAGGAACAGUUUGAUCUUGGCCAGUAUGAAGAGCAAGAGGACAUUAAAGAGACAGACAUUCUCAGCGAUGACGAUGAAUACUGUGAGCCUCUGAGGAAUGCAGUAGUUGAAAAAGAACUUCAGGAGCAGCUGCAGGCUGCCUCCAUCACCACCAACCGGUCAUAUCGAGGAGAGAGAGCACGAUAUACUGGGGGAACCCAUGCUUCUCGAAUGGCCCAGCUGAAGAAACAGGCCGCUUUGCCUGGAAUUAAUGGUGGCAUGGAAGGCAACAGCGAAGAGGUCAUCUGGGUACGGCGUGAAGAUUUCGUGCCACCAAAAAAACUGAACACUGAGCUUUAGACUCAUCACUUCCUUGUUAGAUGGUUGGCAUAGAUGUCCCCCCCCCCAAAAAAAAACCACGUUUUCGAGAAUGACCCUUUAAAAUGCACACUUGCACAUACAGCUAAGGCAGCUAAACUGGUUGAAACCACAUAGCCUGUUUCUUCUUCUUCUUGUUUCCCCCUUUAAAGUAAUGUAUGACAAGGAGACAAAAAACCAGAACAAAAAUUGGAAAUGGAAUGAGCUUGAGUCCUUCUCUGUACAUUACCAAGGGCUUUAAAUUAUUUAAUCUAAUCAGGGGCUGCAUAAUAAAAUAGGAAUGCUAGAUAUUAUUAGAACAUUGCUGUGGGUGUUUUUUAAUUAAAAAAACUAUAGGCAGCAAAUUAGCUAAAUGAUAGCACAAGCAGCAAAUGGAUUUUAUAUGUGACAUGUCAAUCAUGUUCAUCUUCAACAAGGAAGCAAGAAACAGGUCUGUAAAGAUGCAGUAGUCCUUUCAUUUUUCCUCUUAAACAUCAGCUGUUCUCAUUGUGGUCUGGCAAGAAUGGCCCAUGCACACAAAUAGGAUUUUGGACAUGGACUUUCAUUUUUAAUGAGGAAAUGGGGUUGACUGAAGAAAAAGACCUGCAUCCAGGGGGGUGGAUGGGAUGGACCUGCACUGCACCACACUGCACUGCUGAACACCAUUUGGCACUGCCAGCCCUGCGUUGUCCAGUCAGUCGUUCUAUGGGGCUUAGGCGUAGGCUUCCCUGCCUCUUCUCCCCUAAGAAGUGGUUGAUGGUGAUCGUACCAAACGUCUGUUUGGUCAAGUACUUGCACGCAGUUGCAUUCACAAAGCUUACUGUCACUGAGUGAGGAUCCCUGGAUCUAGUGACAGCAUGUAUAUUUUAGGAAUGUGUGAGCAAAAGCUUGGAAUUUAUGUUGUGCUGAGUUCUCUUUGGUCUGUGGCUAGUCUAAUGUCAAUGUUGGGAGUUCUAGUUUUACAUGCAAAUUAUAAUAAUGCCAAACUUUUUUUUAAUUUGAAAAAGAGAGAUCCAAAUGUAACACUUGAAAAAGAUAUUUUUCUGUAUUUUACAUGAAACACAAGGGCACAAAGGGUUGGGAAUUUUACAGUGUUAAGCUUCAGUCUUAAACAUGUCUACUAGGGAGUGAGUCCCACUGGACACAGUAGGACUAGCCUCCAAGUAAACUUGCCUAGGAUUGAGCAGUUUUGUUCCAAGUGAGGAUGUAACACAGUCCUUUUAGAAAGGGAGAACACGGGUUUUAUAGGAAAAUUCUGAACUGGAAACUCUUGGGGAUAAUCUCUCUCUGUGUGCCCCCCUCUCCCUCUCUCUCACUCUCUCCCCCCCCCCCUCUCUCUCGCUCUGUAAAAUAAAAAGGACAGCUGUACAUAUUUGAGACUGGAAUUAAAAUAGCAAUGUGAAUAAAUAGCUGAGAAACCAAGAAGGUUAAAUUAACCCUGCUGUAAUUUUGUUGAAAUUGGCAAGAUUUACAUCUCGGGUGAGUUUGAUUCUCUGGUUGAUGAAGUUAGGGCUCAGGAAAAUUUAAACAUUUUGUGGCCAAAAAAACCUGACCUCAUCUUAUUAUUUUCUUCUGUGAUAUCAAUGUAUCUUAUUACUUGAUUUAAACGCAUUUCUAUAGGAUAUGAAAAAUAUUCAUAAAAAACUUAUUUUUCCAUGUUAAACUCCUUAUUUAUGCAUCUAGAACAGGGUAAAGAUGUGACUAAAGUCUAAAGAUUUCCAAAUAAUUUUGAAAGCACUUUUUUCUUUUAAACUAUUUAUAUAGCUUUCCCAUUUUAGUUUUGGUCUGCAAAAAAAGGGGGGAGGGCUUUUUUUUUUUUGAGGAGUGGGAUCUUUUUUGUGUCUAUUGAUGUUUUUACACAUUGGUAGAUGCCUUGAAGAUUUAGACUUUUAUAAUAGCUUUUAGGGAUUACAUUUUAUACAAUCAGCUAUGGAUAUAUUUUGAGACAUGAACAAAAAAUGUUCCCCGGCAGCACCAGCUGCCUUGUGUCCCAGCCAAUAUUGGAGUCUUACCUGUUUGAUUCUCAGUGCACUAUACUCAGUGUUUUGAAAGUUUUCUCCUUUUAACUUUUGCUAUCUUUUAAUUGUUUUUUCCCUUAAAAAGCUUUAGUAAGGUUUCUACACCCUGUGUAUCUCAUCAUAUUUAAAUUUAAGUCAGUUGUGUACCAGUUUAAUAGACAUGACAAUGUUUUAGCUGUCCCCAGUGGAAUACAAUAAGCCUGUGAAAUGCUGGACGUCCUGUGCUUGGAGGGUGCCAUUGUUCUUGUACAUAAUGUCAUGACCUGUCAAUGUCAAAGGUUCUUAUAUAUUUCUUUUAUAAGCUGAAAGAAGGUCUAUUUUUAUGUUUUUAAGUAUAUGAAUGGAACGUUGUAAAUGCCUGUCAAAUAAAACAAUACCCCAAAAAGUU